CCUCGCGGCUCUCCCUCUCUCCUCGCCCGCUGGGUGCUGAAGUUGGGCGGAUGGCAGCAAACCGGCUCCGCUAGAGGACCGAGCCGCCCAGCCCCGCUCCCCCGGACCCAUCGGCGCGCUGCUCACACCUCCAGGCGACCGGCCAACUGGGUCCUGAAGUAGCUGAAAUGCGAAAAAGGCAGCAGUCCCAAAAUGAAGGAACACCUGCCGUGUCUCAAGCGCCUGGAAACCAGAGGCCCAACAACACCUGUUGCUUUUGUUGGUGCUGUUGUUGCAGCUGCUCCUGCCUCACUGUGAGGAAUGAAGAAAGAGGGGAAAAUGCGGGAAGACCCACACACACUACAAAAAUGGAGAGUAUCCAGGUCCUAGAGGAAUGCCAAAACCCCACUGCAGAGGAAGUCUUGUCCUGGUCUCAAAAUUUUGACAAGAUGAUGAAGGCCCCAGCAGGAAGAAACCUUUUCAGAGAGUUCCUCCGAACAGAAUACAGCGAAGAGAACCUACUUUUCUGGCUUGCCUGUGAAGACUUAAAGAAGGAGCAGAACAAAAAAGUAAUCGAAGAAAAGGCUAGGAUGAUAUAUGAAGAUUACAUUUCUAUACUAUCACCAAAAGAGGUCAGUCUUGAUUCUCGAGUUAGAGAGGUGAUCAAUAGAAAUCUGUUGGAUCCCAAUCCUCACAUGUAUGAAGAUGCCCAACUUCAGAUAUAUACUUUAAUGCACAGAGAUUCUUUUCCAAGGUUUUUGAACUCUCAAAUUUAUAAAUCAUUUGUUGAAAGUACUGCUGGCUCUUCUUCUGAAUCUUAAUGUUCAUUUAAAAACAAUCAUUUUGGAGGGCUGAGAUGGGAAAUAAAAGUAGUUAAAUAACAUCAGAAACUGAGUUCCUGGAGAACUACAGUUUAGCAUUCCUCAGGCUACUGUGAAAACACAACCGUUAUGGUCUUUGUCUCCAUUUUUAUCAAGGUUUUCCGUGGUUAAGUUUGGAGAAAAUACCACACAAAACAAUGAAUUGCCAAAUUGUUUGUUUUAUUCAACACUCAUUCUACUUGCAAGCAAAGUGUAUUUGUAGUCCUAUGAACAGUCUCCUCGUGUAUCUCCAGAGACUGCAUGUGCAAAGUAAAAUGCUUCAUUUGCCACAUAGUUGUUGUAAUAUUUAAUCCAAUAGCAUAACUUAUAUCUGUAUUUAAGGACUUUUGUGCAAUAUGGUCUUAAGAAAUAAUUGCCAAAAAAAUCGGCCAUGGUUUGCAUUUUUUAACAUAAUCUAAGACAGAAAAAAGCAAUUUUUACUAUGUAACAAUGGUAUUCAACAUUCUAUAUACUGUGUUUAGUACACUAAUUUUGAAGCCAAUAUUUCUGUACAUGAAAAAGAGCUAUUUAUCUCUGUUUGUUGGAAAAUCCUAAUUGGGAUUCCUCUGGUUGUUCGCUGCCAAAACUGUGGCAUUUUCAUUACAGGAGAGUUUACUAUGCUAAAAGCAAAAAACAAAAAAAAGGAAGAAGAAAAAAAAGCACAAAACAAUUUGAAGAUAUCCUAUCUCAAUGACAAAUCAAAGAGUGAUAUUGCUUUUAAUUGUAAUAGAAGAAAAUGAAUUUAUGUAUAUAUCAGAUGUCCAAUACUGUAAUUAAUUUAUUAAAGACUGGCUCUCCAGUUUUAAAA